UGAUCCAUGGGACACGCAGGCUGUUAAAGAUUAGAAAAAUUACUGCACUUCAAGUCCCAGACUUGCAAAGGAAUAAUUGGAUCAAGCAGCCUGGAGACCAUGGAGGGAGACUGCCUGAGCUGCAUGAAGUACCUGAUGUUUCUUUUCAAUUUCUUUAUAUUUCUGGGAGGAGCAUGCCUGCUGGGCGUCGGGAUCUGGGUCAUUGUGGAUCCUACAGGUUUCCGAGAGAUAGUGGCCGCCAACCCUCUCCUCUUCACGGGAGCGUACAUCAUGCUGGCCAUGGGAGCGAUGCUCUUUCUGCUGGGCUUCCUCGGCUGCUGUGGGGCCAUCCGCGAGAACAAAUGCCUCCUGCUUUUCUUCUUCAUGUUUAUUUUGUUAAUCUUCCUGGCAGAGCUUUCAGCUGCAAUCCUGGCUUUCAUCUUCAGAGAAAAUCUGACCAGGGAGUUCUUCACCAAGGAGCUGAAGAAACAUUAUCUGAGGAACAAUGACACGGACGUCUUCUCUUCCACCUGGAACUCUGUUAUGAUCACAUUUGCCUGCUGUGGAGUGAAUGGACCAGAAGAUUUUGAACCUGUCUCUCAUAUCCCACACUUACCUUUGGAAGAAGCGCCACCAGAGGCUUGUUGCCAGCGACAGCUCCAAACGCAGGAAGGGAUGUUUGUGGACAGAGAGGCCUGCCUCGAAGGGGUGGAGAGAUUUCAGAAUCGGCAGGGCUGUUACACUGUGAUCCUGAACUCCUUUGAGACCUACGUGUACCUUGCAGGAGCCCUUGCCAUCGGCGUUUUGGCCAUCGAGCUUUUCGCCAUGAUCUUUGCCAUGUGUCUCUUUCGAGGGAUCCAGUAGACAGAAGCCUAUGAAUCACCACACUGACCCCCACAUGCUCAGAAGAAAGAAGGA